AUGGGCGAAGUUGAGGUAAAUGCUGCUGAUACACAUGAAGAGGCCAAACAUAUGAGGAAAGUAAACCACAACAAGGAUAUUUCUGAAAACAUUGAUCAAAAGUUGACUGAUACUAGUGUGCUUUGUGAAGAAAAGCUAUUAAAGGUGAGAGAACUGCAAUAUGUGCCAGUUGAAGUGGAAGAUGCUUCGAAGAUGGAUGGUUGUUUAAUAGAAAGUAAGGGUAGCUUUUAUGAUGAUUCACCGAGUAUGAUGGAAGCCAAUAUGCUGGUAUAUGACAAAAGGGAUAUUGGUAAUACUGAUGACCAAAAGAAUGCUAAGAAAAUUGUUGAAAGCUUGGAGAAUCAGAAGACCUCUGUGUCUAAUGAUAAUAAACUAAAGAGGGCCAUAAAGCAUCAAUUUAGUCGAAGAGAAAGAUCAGGUCAUUCCAACCAUGCAGUUGUUCCCAUCAAAAAGAGGAGAUUGGCUGCUUGUUCCAAGGCAGAGACAAGCCAUAUCAUUGUGAAUUCUUCAGGAGACUCGGGAUCAGAAAAAAUGGCAUUCUCGCUCACAAAGGUUGCUGAUCGUGUUUGCUCUCAGAAGAAUGGAAGUUUAAUUCCUUCUUCAGAUGAAAAAAGUCUGGUAGAGAAUAACAAAGAAAGCAUUCUCAAUGAGAUUUGUGACUGCAGGAGUGUUUCAGGUGAUAAAGUUGAGAAAGGUGAAUCACAGUCGCCAGUCACCUUCAACAUACCCCAAGUUCCGUUGAAGCCUGAAAAUGUUGAAAUGAUGGAGGAAGAUGAGCAGACCCUGAAAGAAAAUGAUCGAUUUUUAUCAUCUGAUACUCAGGCAGUAGCUGAGGAGCCACUGGGAACCACUUCUGCUGUUCGUUCUGAGAAGCAGCAGCCUAGUAUAACAUCAAGGAGGCAGAGCACAAGAAACCGCGCAUUGUCACUUAAAGCGCUGGAAUCUCUAGCAAGUGAACCCCUGCAGGGAGAAAGGAGACAGAAAAGGAAACGCGUCCCAAAACAAACUGAUGCAUUUAGUAUUUGGCGCAAGGCUAGUUCAAGAAGCAAAAUGAUGCCCCACAGUCAGAGUUCAGAUAACGGGACUGCAGUUUUAGUAGAAGAGAAGCAGUUGAAUGAAGACAGCACUGCUUAA